UCUCCUACGGUGCUCUCGAGAUGAAUUCUAAGAUCCUCUUCUUCCUGACUGUGGUUUCAGCAGUUGUGGCUGAUAAGCCACCAAGUGAGCUCUAUGGACCUCCUGAGGUACAAGCUGCUUCAUCCGAAUACUCGAAAGAAUCUAUCGAAGAGCCUACCGAACCUGCCAACUACAACUUCGAGUUCGCCGUGGAGGAUGGCUACUCAGGCGCCGACUUCAACCACCAGGAGGAGAGGGAGGAGGACAACACACAAGGGUCCUACAGCGUCCAACUCCCCGAUGGACGUCGCCAGACUGUCACGUAUUACGUCGACGGAGACUCCGGCUACAUAGCUGAGGUCUCCUACGAGGGAGAAGCCCAGUACGCAGAACCCGAGGAGGAGUCUGACGAAUCGUCUGAGCCGGCUCCCAUCUACGCAGCUCCAGAACCCAAACCUAGGCCUACUUACUCUAGACCUACUUACGCUCCUCGGAAACCAACCAAAACUCCCAAACCAAGGCCUACUUACCAAGCUGCUUCAGAGGAAUCGGAGGAAGAAGAAGAGACCCCAGAAUCUUUAUAUGGCCCACCUAAGAGGUCUUAUGGUGCUCCCAAGAACUGAUUUUUAGAUCAGAAGGCACUUUUUUUCAGAAUUGGAAGCCAUGUUCUUAUUUAAUUUUUGCUUCAUAUUUAUUGAUAUAUCCGAAUGCUUUUUCAUAUUUGAAUCCACUCCUGAAACUUUAAGAGUUUCUCUCUAAAGUGUAAUAGCCAACUUCACUUAUGUAUGCUGUUUGUUUUA